AGUAAGUCAUUAAGCUUUAGCAACCUUGGAUGAGGUCUUUGUCAAAAGGGCUAUUUUCAAUAUAGACUUUUCGCCAUGAACCGCUGGUUAAAUCGCGUUGCUGUCGUUACUGGUGCCAGUUCUGGAAUCGGAGCAGCCUGCUGCCGAGACCUGCUGGCCAAGGGAAUGGUGGUAGUGGGAUUGGCCAGAAGAGAGCACCGGCUCCAGGAGCUAAGAUCCGGUUUGCCCUCCGAUCAGGCAGCUCGUUUUCAUGGGCGUCCCUGUGACGUCAGCAGCGAGCAACAGGUAGGAGACGCCUUCGCUUGGAUUGACAAAACUCUGGGUGGGGCCGAUGUUCUAGUCAACAAUGCCGGGAUUGUGCGGAGUAUCAACCUUACGGAUAAAGGAAACUCAGAUGAUGUUCGUGCCAUACUGGACACUAAUGUUUUGGGCGUGACUUGGUGCACCCGGCAAAUGUUCCAAUCGCUGCAGCUCCGUAAGGUGAACGAUGGUCAUGUGGUGAUCAUCAAUAGUGUGGUGGGUCACAAGGUGCCCGUGCUGCCGGGCUUGAGCCUUAACAUGUAUGCACCUUCCAAGCACGCGAUCACUGCCUUAACCGAGAUUCUACGCCAGGAGUUUAUCAACAAGGGCACCCAAACGAAGAUAACCAGCAUCAGCCCCGGCGUCGUGGACACGGAAAUCUUUGACAAGAACUCCCUGGAGAUGGUCUCCAGCAUGCCCAUGCUGAAAUCGGAGGAUGUGGCCGAUGCAGUCUCAUAUUGCAUUCAAACACCUCCGAAUGUCCAGAUCCAUGAGCUCAUCAUUAAGCCAGUGGGAGAACGCAUCUGAAUUGCUUUUUGUUUCUCAAUAAGGAAAUUAAUAUGCUUACAUAUGUCCGGUACGACAAAAUACACCUACAGGUGGUUGGAAACUAUAUUAUUAAGCAGACAGAUCGAAUGUGAAGUUAUUAAAUAAAAUUAUAUUAUUACUUUUGGGAA